GGCGGGAAGUGCUUCCGGCUCACCGGCUCCCAGCGGGGCGCGGAGGAAAUGAGCUCAGUGCGGGGCUGUGGGGCGGCUACAGGUGCCAGACCGGGCCCCGUCGAGGAGCGCGCCGCAGGCCUCGGCGGGAAGGGAGCCGGAACCCGGCGUGCGGAGCCCCCUCCCCGGCCGCGCUGCCACCCCCCGGGCCAUGGAGCUGUGACUGCCUUCGCCUCGUGUUCCUCCGGUGACUUGUGACCCUUUCCCCACCACGGCGGAAUCCGUCAAGCCCACGCUCUGCAGAGUUGUCAUCUACCUACAGAAGGAGAUGUCAGGGGACACCUGUCUAACCACCACCCUGUGUCCUGCUGCGGGGCCCAAGCCCAAGCCCUGCAGCUUCAAAGGGGGCAGCCUGGGUAACAAGUACGUGCGGCUGAACGUUGGGGGCUCUCUCUAUUACACCACCGUGCAGGUGCUGACCCGGCACGACACCAUGCUGAAGGCCAUGUUCAGUGGCAGGAUGGAGGUGCUCACAGACAAGGAAGGCUGGAUCCUUAUAGACCGCUGUGGGAAGCACUUUGGCACCAUCCUAAACUAUCUCCGAGAUGACACAAUUGCACUGCCAAAGCACAGGCAGGAGAUCAAAGAGCUGAUGGCAGAGGCCAAGUAUUAUCUCAUUCAAGGCUUAGUGGACAUGUGCCAAGCAGCCCUGCAGGACAAGAAAGACUUGUAUGAGCCUGUCUGCAGCAUCCCCAUUAUCACAUCUCCAAAAGAAGAGGAGAGGCUGAUAGAAUCAUCAAUGAAACCUGUUGUUAAGCUGCUUUACAAUAGGAGCAACAACAAAUACUCCUACACCAGUAACUCUGAUGACAACCUGCUGAAGAACAUUGAGCUCUUUGACAAGCUCUCCCUCCGCUUCAACGGCCGAGUCCUCUUCAUUAAGGAUGUCAUAGGGGAUGAAAUCUGCUGCUGGUCUUUCUAUGGCCAGGGCCGGAAGCUGGCCGAGGUCUGCUGCACCUCCAUAGUGUAUGCUACGGAGAAGAAGCAAACCAAGGUCGAAUUCCCCGAGGCCAGAAUUUAUGAGGAGACACUGAAUGUCCUGCUGUAUGAAACUCCUCGGGUUCCUGAUAACUCUCUGCUGGAGGCCACGAGCAGGAGCCGAAGCCAAGCGUCGCACAGUGAGGAUGAUGAAGGGUUUGAGCUCCGCGACCGCGUGCGCCGCAUCCACGUGAAGAGGUACAGCACCUAUGACGACCGCCAGCUCGGCCACUAGCUCCUGAGCAGAGAGCAUUGGUGUCAGGGCUUGGGAGGGAUCAGCUGCACUCUGUGAAGCCAUCUUCCUCUGGCUUCUUGGCUCCCUGUUGAAGCAAAGAGGCGUUUGUGCACUAGGCAGCGCUGAAGGCCAAGGGCUUGGAGAACCAAGAGGUCAAUUCUGCAUCAUGAGCUUCACAAACAGACCUGGUCCCUUCUCCUGCCACAUCAAGAGUGGAGCUUGGAAUGCUGAUCCUGACAGUUCCUGGCUGCUCUUGCAUAUCAACGACUUGCUAAUUGUCUUGCUUCCUGUGCCAAGUGCUGCUCUUCUGGAGCUGCUGUGUCUGGGGAAGCCUGUUCCAGACAUCUGCCCUUUUAGGGGUUUGGGUGAUGGAACUUCCAGUGUUUAAACUGAGAUACUUAAGAGGGGAUGGAGAGAACUGGAACAUGACUGCUGUCAGCAGGCACUGCACCUGGGAGCUUCCAGAAGCAUGGAGCUAUCCAGCAGUCAGGUGCACUGCACGUGUGAUUUCUCCCAUCUCUUGUCCCCAGUACAAAAGUUGAUGUUCUGAGGUAGCUGUCUUUAAAACUCGUGAGUCAAAGUCUUGCAAAGAGGUAAGACCCAAGUCCUCCAAAAACCUUCCCUUGUGGGAAAUGAGGAACUUUGAAAAUGUAUACAGCUGUGUAAUGAUUUGUCUGGGGAGCUGGAGAAAUUUGGUGUGGUGGAAGAAAACAUUUUCUGAAGGCAGAAAACCUGAGGAACAGCCUGUGGCAGGGUUGCCUUUGUUUAGGAUUGUGGCAGCAUCAUCCUGUUAGUGUCAGCAGUGGCGUUCUGGGGAGCUGGGUUUACAUUUCCUCCUGUGGCCAAGAAGUGCUUUUUGAUGUUAAAUUCCUCAAGCAGCAGGGCAGGAAAAAAAAAAAAGGCAGUGACUGUGGAAGUAGAAAAUGCUCACAAACUGAGGAGUGAGUUCAAGCUUUGUGUUCUGAGUCCCUUCCAGAGCAGAGAAGUUGAAGUGGAAAGAGAAGAGUCACAAUAGCCUUCUUCUGGCAUGAAACUGCAAGAGGCUUUGGACAAGGAGAGAAGUCCCUGAAUCUUCAACUGAAAUAAUGACUUCUGUUCAGAGUGCUUGACUGGGUGCUAAUGGUUAGGAGCCUUCCAGAACGAUGGAGUCAAGGCUGCUCAGCAGGUUGGGUCUCUAGGAGUGGUUUCAAGCAGAGCAUGAGAAGCUGUCGCCGUGUUUUAGCUUGUUUGUUUGUCUCUUCCAGCUGCAGGUUCAGGUUUUACCUCUGUCACAAACGGUUAGUUCCAUCAUGGUGCCUCUUGAGCUGCUUUGACCAGUGGCAAAUCUGCCUGUAGGUUUUUAAAGCAAAUUAUUGCAAAAACCUGACAGGAAAAGAAUCCCAAAUUAAUACAGUGAAGUCCUGAGUACAAUGAAGGGGGUAGAUGGUUUGGCAGUGACAGAGUGGGGACAUUUAUUUUUCCCACUCAUUUAGGCUUUUGGAAAUGGAGUUGUUGAGGCUUGGUGAGAAAACAUAAUGGCUUCAGACUGCCAGGGUUUUACUGGCUGGCCAAGCCUCCACACAUGGCAGGCAAUCAAUACUCCUCACAUUCAGGAGGCAGCAUUGCCACGGUGCUGCACCUGCCUGUUUCUGAAAGGCCUCUUUAAAAACUCUAAUAACCUCUUCUCUCUUUCUGUUGCUCUCUGUAAGCUGUUGUUUUCCAGCUGCUUCAUCUGUUGUGCCAGUGAAAAUACAGCUGCUGAGAUUCUUUGACAAAGACUUCUGUUUGGUUUCUUCCUUGCAGUCCCACCAGAGUAUGAUGUGGGGCUUUUUCCCCUCCACUGAUACUGUUUAAAUUCCACUGUGGUGGGUGUUUUGAAGCUACCAGCAGAGCCUGUAGUGACAGAGUCUUUGUGUUCUACUUAAUAGCUUUAAAUGAUUCUCCUGUACCUUUUUUUUCCCCAUCUGCCAGUUAAAAUACCUGUGUGGCACUUCUGAGUCUUGGCAGAAGAGUUAGUCUGGGUUUGUUUUUUGUUUUCCCUUGUUCCCCUCCUAGUGAAUGUUGACAGAUUAAAUGGUGCUGGUAGCCUUUCAAAAUUGUGGCUUAAAAAAAAAAUCUAAGUAGAAAAACAUCAUCUUUGCAUUUCUUUUCCCAGGGGAGAACAGGUAUGAGGAGUGGAAAAGAAGUGCCAUGUCCUUGUGCUUGCACUCUGCAGUGCGAUUCUGUGCCCCUAGGGAUUCGUAGUGUGAAUUAUUACUCAGAGAAAAGCUUCUGUUUUGGUGUAGUUUACUUUUCCCAGUCUUCUCCUUGCCAACAAGUAGUAUUAAUUGGAAGAUUAGAUUAAUCUUGGAAACAAACUGUUUGGAGAGCCAUCUGGGUUGUGAGAAUCUUUUUUGAAAGUGCAAAAAUAACUUCUUGAUUUGUGUAGAUUGUGAAAUAUCAGUGAGAACCAUCAGCAGUCAUGAAUGGAGUUUAAAUAUGUACAGGUAGCCUUUCAAUUUCACCUUCUGUUAUUCCCUUCUCUGCCCUGGAUCAGUGCUGACCACAAAGCCUCUGCUUUCAGAUCAAGAUGUGACUAAAACUGGGAUACAGUUAAACAAUGCUUGGCCACUGCAGGCAGGACACUGUUGGUCUGUCGCUUUAUGCAACAGUAAUCUCAUUGCAUGAACACUAAAGUUCUGUCACAAGAGAUUCCAGAGCCAUGGCUUUGGUCUUUUUUGCUCCUGAUAAGAUUUCCAGGAUGUGGCUGAGAGUUCCCAGUUGACUAUGACUAACAGUUGUAGGGUUGCCUCCACUGCUGGGCAGAUAGGAAUGGAAGGAAUCGGAAGGGGUGUUCUGGGAAGUGUGCAGGCGCAAGGCUAAGAUACAUAGUGUUGGAGAUCCCUUCCUAGGUGGGGCUCCUGUGCUUAGGUUCCUGAGGAAAUCUGUGGUGCCCAGGGCCAUUUCUUAGCUGAGUGUGUAGUCUCAGUAAGUGUGAAGUUAGGCAUAGAUGCAGCCAGCACUUCCACAGCUCAGGACUGAACGUUUUUUCUGGUACAAGUGGGCUUCAGCACUGGAUUUUGUCUGAAGAACUGCUCUGGAACUGCUGCAAUACAUUCAGACUCCUUUCCACCAAAGUCAUGGCAUUUUGACUGACACAACCUUGGUACUUCCAGGACCUGAUCACUUUGAAUACUGUAGUUUUGGUGUAAUACAUGCUUUGUAUUCUCAUCUUCAUCACACAUGACUUAAUUAAAGGCUAUAAAUGGUUUUGGCAUGAACAUAUUUUCACCACCUGGUGUGAUGGAGAAGCUAAAGGGUAAUGCAGAGAUGAGCCCCAGCAUCCUGAAGCUGUCCACUUGAGGAGAGCCAGGAGCUGUGCUUUGUGAGAGUCCUUUCUGCUGGCUUUAAAUAUCACAAAUUACAAUCCUAGUUCAGACGACAGAGACUGAUAAUUAGAUGCAGUUCUCUACAAGUUAGAGAACUUGCAAUGGCUCCAUCAACAGCAGCUGCAGUGGAUGCAUUUGCUGCUGUGCCUUUAGGAGGAAAAAAUGCCUUCUGGCACAUAGAGUGUGGAUUCUAACCUCAACAGUUACAUUCUUAGCUCCUGGAGCUCUUUUUGUCCUCUUCCCUCCUGAUGGAUGUGAACUUCUACACAUUCCAGUGGUGCAUUAGCAGGCUGAGUGAAGGCAUUGCCUGGCAGCCCCACACGAGGACUGGGAGGAGGGGGUGCCUGUUCCUGUGAGUACCAAACAGUCUCAGUCCUUCCACAGAGGCCAGUGUGGUGCCUGGAGUGAGUGUUGGAUGUUCAACAGCUUUUCAGUAUCAGUGUUAAUUAGGCAAUAAUGUCAAAAGAGAGAGUUCUGCAGGGUAGCAGCCUCCAGCUGCCUGAUAAAUGCCGAGACAAAGCGAAUGUUUAACGUUCACCUUGACAUUUAAUUUUUGGAACAGCAGACAUUUAUCCUAUCAUAAUGUUCCAUUCCACUGACUUUUUAUCUCUUGCACUUCUUGGUUAAAAUAUAAAAUGCCUGGCUGUGAUGAGGAGGGCUUGGGAGGAACUGGUGCUGUGGUGUUACUGAAAAGCUGUGUUCUGCUUGGGGCAGGCAGUGCUUGUUGUGUGCUUGAUUGGAGGUUGUUGGGGUUUUUUUUCCCUUUGAGUUUUUUUUAUUCUCAGACAUAAUUCACUCUAAGAAAUACCAAUGAAGUGUACCUGAACUGGAUAUAUCUGGGCCACCAGUCCCUGUCUUAGAUGAUAUCCUCUGACAAUCCUUGGCAUGAAAUUCUUACAGCUAAAUUUCACGCCAUCCAUUCCGUUAGGAGAAGUGAGGUUUCAUUGAGAGAUGAGCUGACACGAGUCUCUUUCCAGCUUUGCCACUGACUGGGUGUCAAACAGCAGCUCCCUCUUUCUGCAUCUGCACAAUUUAUCCUCAUCUCUAAUAAAACGGUGGUAAGACUCUCCUACAUCUGCAGGAUGUUGAAGCUUCGUUUGUUUAAUAAUAGCAAAGGACCUUGGAUUUCUUUAACAUUUUAUAUCCAGAAGGGAGCAAAUCUGAUUGCUGAUCUCCAAACUGGCAUUCUGUGAUCCAGCUGUUUUUCUUACAGCAUCAGGCUCUGGUUUGUUUUUAUGUCUAACUUCUAAGGGUCAGGCUUAUGGAUAAAAUAGUUAAUGCGGUAACCAGGUUAGCUCUCAGUUAAAGUGUUUUCUCUUUUAUCAGUGCAUUAAAUGGAACACUAAUUUGGAAUAAAGUGUUGUGUUUUGUUUUCUGGGA